AUGGAGCAGCGACUCGCUUGCUUGCUAGAUGCCGUGACCAGUGCAGACCCGGCAGCAGUUGUGCCCGAUGCCGUGGCUGGACGCGUGGUUGAGUGUCUUAGCGCAGAGAUCGGGCAUUGCCUCCCUGUCUUUGGCGGUGAAACCUGUUUCCGAGAAUUGUUGCCACUCCAAAAGUCCUGCGCACGGUGUGAUUCGCACCUCGCAAAGAUUGCAUCUGCCAAGGCAGUAGCGACCAUAGUGCACACAGGUGGUUUGGUCAGGAAGGACCACAUACCGUGUCGCUGUCGCAACAAGAACUGUGAUAUGUAUGGCAGCUUGAUUUGGCGUAACUACUUCGUAGACGCUGGAAGACAUUUCUUUCUGGGACAUCCACAAGACUUGAAAUGCUUCAUGGUUUCAUCAUCUUUUGGCUUUUCGAUCGAAUGGCUGGAAGAUUUUCACAGCCGUGUUGUCCGCCAACACGCUAGCUUCAUCAGUGAGAGUGACGUCAUUCAACAAAGAGCAGUCAGACACGGUCAGACUGCUUGGCUGCCAGUGGCCCGGCUCAGAAAAAUGAUCAGCGAGGCUUGGUUCAAGUGGCGGUUGCUUGUGCGAGGGUACGCCUACAAUAUCCCGGGUGCGGCGCAGAACCCCAUUGACAUACAUCAGGGAGUUGAAGAUUUGCUGAAACCUGUUCUUCCUGCUUUACAAAAAGCAUUUUCAGAUGCUGCCGUGGCUUCAGCACGCUCAGCAAACAUGCGGCGAGAUGUCAUUGUCAUGGACGGGAACGCAAAGAACCGGCGGGCUGUAUGCGCAGCGUUGCUGUGCGGGAGAAAGCAGUCUUUUUCUCUCAACAAAACACUCCGACACAAUUGCCCAGCUACCCCUGCGCUUGGGCAUCUCUUUUGCGCCAAGCACAAUACAGAUGAUGUGGCUGCUGCACCUCAGGACCUGGAAGAAAGCUAUUUUGUUUGCCUCUUGGCCCUUGCUGCGUCCGUUGUGGCAAUGAGCCGGGAUGUUGAAUAUUUGCCGGCAAUGAAGAAGAUUUGGGAUGCUGUGGGGAAGAUGUGGCAACCAGCUGACAUCCUCACGGCUAAAGGCCACCAGAUGUGUCAAACAUGGGCCGUCCGCGCAUCGCACCCUGAGUACCCAUAUGCACUGCACUUGUUAUCGAUGAUGGCACCUUUGACGAACGGAGCUGCUGUGCAGAUUUUUCCCACGGCAAGCAGUCCUUUGGUUGCCUUUGGAAUCAACGUGAACUAUUCACAAACACGAAAGAGCUCAUGCACCAGCCAUGCUGACAGCAUCACCAGGGUGUUGGAUUCCCAUGUCCGGCAAAAGACUCAAACCUUCUUGAACCAGAUGUCAGUGGAACAAGAUUUCACGCAUGAUGAAAGCACUGCUGCUGGUCAGAGGGACACCCAGACAUGUUUGGGUACCUUUGCCGGCGGAAGUGGCCGAAAUGCUCGGCAUCGCCAAAGAGGCUACUUUCCUGGCGAGAUGCCGCCAGAGCUCCCUGCCACGCAAGACUUUGCAGCCGACUACUUGCCAUCUUCCGCGGGCUAUCCUGUCCGCCUGCUUGACGGCAACAUGAGCCGCCUGCGAUUCCGCAGGGAUCCCAGGGUGCCAUCUGGCUUCACCGCUGAAUGGCGUGUGGCCAACAGAGCUUUUCCUGUGCCUCCUGAAUUCCAACUUGAAGCGGCAGUCCUGCGGGUCACGGAAUAUUUUUCCGUGCCACAUAUGAAACUUGAUCUCACUCCCGAAGCCCAGCAAAUGCACAUGUCCUACCAGGGUGGAUUGAAUGUGCAGUCCCACAUGGCCCGGGAACGUGCAGAUCCUGUUGGUGGAGCCCGCCUCGGCGCUGCGCCGUGGCACAUCGGCGUUUUGGCCGGGCUGCUGCUGGUCUACGAAAUCUUCUCAGGAGUCUACAGCGCCGACCGCUUGCAGCAGAAAGAUUUGCAGGUGCAUACAAUCAAGGACAUUGCCUUGGGCGAAGAAGCUGCCAGUCCCAACCCCCAGCCGCAGCCAGCAGAAGUGCAACCUGACUUCGAUGCCUUGGUUGGGGCAGAUCCACUUCCCUUUCCCGGCGGAGAUUUUGCAGACUCCAUAGUCGACGAUGCGGCUGCAAGUCACAGCCCCGAACUUCCGCCCGAGACUGAGCCGCUCCGGGUUGCCGACGUUCGCUCCAUCGAGUUUGGGUAUGGCCCGGAUGGCGCUUCAGUGCAGAGUGCUUUUCACUCGAAGCAUUUGACUGAUCGCUUCAUCAUGAAGGCUACGCUUCUACAUGGGCAUCCCAAGGUAACUUCGAAAACUAUUUGCGACAAGUUGCGCUCCUCCAGAGAAUCCGGUCGAAAGGCCUUACCGCGAGAGGACUGGGUGGCCGUGAUGGAAGCUUGCGCUGGUUCUCCCAUCCUUGACUUCCAAGACGACACCCUCCAACUUCGUGCUAUACCGCAAGAUGCACCAGGGCGGACAUUCUACCACAAUGAGCUGAUGAAGUUGUGCGGAGUCACCAUGAGAGAGCUCAUGACAGCCAUGAACCGAGCCGCAGCCGCAAAGGCGAAAUCGGCAGCUCCUCCCAAGCGGAAGCGACAAGACGGACAUGAAGAUUAG